CAAUCCGUAGUGUGACACGGGCUUUAGGUUCCUCUGGAUUUUGUUAAUUCAUUGACGUGUUAAGCAUAAGUGUUAUCGAGAUGUCGACUGUUUGUAAUUGGAUUUGUUUAUCAUGAUAGUAAUAUUAUGUAGAAUAAUUUCUUUAACAAAAUUUUGUAUUUGUAGCUUACCAAAUAUUAUACUAACAGUUACUGAUUAGGUAAACAAAUUUAUUUCAAUACAAGAUUUGUAGUGAAUAUCUUUUAUAAUAUCUUUUAUAAAAGCAACACGUAUAAGGAUGGCAUUGGCUAUUCGUUAUUUUACCCACAGGAGUUACAUUAAAUCUCUAUUAAUGUCCACAAUGUCUACAUUGUCAUCGAUGGAUGAGCGUAUGUUAAGAGGAAUACAGAAGGUGAUACCAAAUUUGAUCAAUACCAAAUAUAAAGGCCAGGAUGGUAGAAUUGGAAUUUUUGGUGGUAGUACUGAAUAUACAGGAGCACCAUAUUUUGCAGCCAUGAGCGCAUUGAGGACUGGUGCUGAUCUUGUUCAUGUGUUCUGCGCAAAGGAUGCCAGCAUUCCCAUUAAAUCAUUUAGUCCAGAACCAAUAGUUCAUCCAAUAUUAGACCAGCCUGAUGCACUGAAGCAUAUAGUACCUUGGCUAGAUCGUCUUCAUGUUAUCCUGAUUGGACCUGGACUUGGCAGAGAUGAAAAGAUAUUCAAAACGAUCGUUGACCUAAUAUCAAUUUGUCGUGACCUGAAGAAGCCAUUAGUUAUUGAUGCUGAUGGAUUGUUUUUGAUUUAUCAGAAACCAGAGAUUAUAAAAGACUAUCCAGGACUCAUCAUGACACCAAAUGCAAUGGAGUUCAGUCGUUUAGUCAAAGCAGUUCUGGACAGAAACAUUGCACCCUCCCCUAUAGUCAAAGCUUCUGAUGUGAAACAUCUGGCAGAAUCUUUUGGGAGAAAUGUCGUGAUUUUGCAUAAAGGUGCAAAGGAUGUGAUUGUGGAUGGCCACAAGGGUACUGAGACAGUCUCCUGUGCAUUAGCUGGCUCUGGAAGGAGAUGUGGUGGCCAGGGAGAUCUUUUGGCUGGUUCCUUGGCUGUCUUUUGGUGGUGGGCUAUCUCUACAGGAGCUAGUGAAGGUGCUCUCUCGCCUUCAAUAGUGGCAUGUUACGCUGCAUCCAGACUAAUUCGAGAAUGCAAUGCAUCAGCCUUCAAAAUAAAGCAGCGGGGAAUGUUGGCGUCGGAUAUGUUAGAGCAAAUUCAGCCGGUCUUUAGCAAGAUCUAUGAGACUCAAACCAACAAGUAAUACAGAAUACAUCAUAAAUUUGCUCGAUUUUAUUUAUAUUAUUUGUAUUUGGCAUUGUUUUAAUUAAUGAGAAACAAUAUAUAAUUGUUUAUGUAAUUGUUUAUAUUAUUGAAGAGAGACAGUUGGGAAUAAUUAUAUAUGAGAAUACAAUAUUAAUGAUUAUUGUUGCGAUUUUUAUUAUGGGUUUUAGAAGUUCUUCGUUUAGCGGAAAAGGUCGAAUCCGAAGUAUCGUUUUUUGAAGUACAUAUAUCUUCGUAACAUUAUCUAAAAUAUUUAAACACUUCAUCUAUUUAUCUCGGAUUGCGUGUAUUGUUUUAUAUUUAAAAAUUUCUUCGAAUAAUUGUAAAUGAAUGUAUAUUUAUAAUUAUAUUUCAUAUAAUAUAUUUCAUUACUUUCAUUUUCUCACA